GCUGAAAUAUUUUGUUUUAUUUUGCAGUACAUAAGCGGUUAAAAUUAAAAGUUGCUCUGAAUUAUAAGAUGGAGAAACCAGCAAGUGUUCGCACCGACCUGUGGGAGAAAUUUAAAAGGCUGGAAAAGAAAACAGAUGGUUUAUUGAAUAAACAUUCAAAAUCAAAUGUCAAAACUUCAGAAGUUGACAAGAAAGAGGAUGGAAGUAAAAAGCUCCUGGAUUCCUCCAUUACUUCUCAGAAAAAUGUAAAUUCUCUUGAAGUAAAACCUUCAACUGAUAAUGAAGAAAUUAAAAACUGUAAAACAUCAAACUCUGACGAUGCUGACUGUGAGCAUGAAUGGAAUGAUUUAAAACAAUAUCUUGAUGUGAACAGUCAUUUACAAUACAACCCUGUUUCCUCAUCAGCUCCUAAAUCUGGUUUGGAGAAGCAAAUUAAUGAAGCUAUAGCAAGUGGAGACUUUGAAACAGCAGAAACGCUUAGUGACAAAUUAGCAAAAAGGGAGUUUGCUGUAAAAAUUACAGGUUCUUUUGAUGCCCGGGAAUACUUAAAACGGAAAAAGGCUGAGGAAAUGACUGUCAAAGCUAAGAAAAAGAAGAAGCUACACUGGGGAUUUGAACACAAACAACGUUGGGAAAUGAAAGGAAAUAUGUGACUGCUUUGUUUUUUAUUCCAAGAAUAUCUUAAAGAAUGGAAUGUGAUUUAUGAGUACUGAAUGUACUCAUAAAUAGGCAUGUCUUCUAUCGCUGAGAUGAGGAGAAAGAUGACUUCAUGUAAACAUAAUCCUAUGAUAAAUUAUUUCAGUGUUCAUGAAAAUCUAACUACAAGCCUUGUAUAACAGCUAUAUAACAUCAUCAUUAUCAACUUUAUAUUAUAGGCUGUUUGGAUAACUCUGAAGAUCAACAAAUUCACCUUUUCCGUUUCUUAUAAUUUCAUGUUAUAAGUUCAUGUUAUGCUAAUGUUGAAGCUAUCUUCCAUCCUUUCCCUCUUCUCAUCUCCCCUACUUCGUUCUGGAAUUAUUCCUUACGAGAUGUUUUUUUAGCAAAACAUAGCAACAUGUUCCCAUACCGUGUCAGUUUUGUCUCUUCAUGAUGCUCAUCAGGUUGUUUGAUUAAUCCAGUGACUUCACAGUAAUCCCUUUUUUUUCUUUUUUCAACUUCCCUUUUGAAGACAGAGUCACAAAUAAGAUGCACUGAGCAUCACAAUAACAACUUUUCUUCCAUGUCUUAUUUUAGGCCGGUUGAGUAAGUUGUUCACAUUUUGCAAAUCUCCAGAGUCUUGCGAGUAACAUGGUAACCUCACUAGCACUGGUGCCAUGAAAAAAGUUUCCUGGUGCACUCUGUGAAUCAAGUAGAGGCGACACAAGGUUGAGAGAAUGUUGCCUGGAGUAAGACACUUCAUAUAAUGCUGAUGUCAGGAAAACAUGUACCCAUAUACUGGGGAAUAUUUGGGGUAAAUGGCACCCAGGGCUAGCAUCAAAAUUGCACUCCCCCCCUCCCUCACCAAAAAGUGGGUCAGUGCAUGCAUUUUGUGAGCUCAGGUAAAAAUAUCUAUUCUAUCUAGUAGCGUGGAUGGUGAUAAUUAUAACAAACCAUGCCUGAAAAUAUUAAAAAAAUUUUUUUUAAUGGCUUAAUUAGAAAAUGAUCUUGGCGAAAAUUAUGCCCCCCUCAAAGUGGCACCCAAGGCAUGUGCCCUGUUUUCCCCACCCUAGCUACACGCCUGCCCAUAUACACUGUAGAGUGGUUGGUGUUAGGAAGGUCAUAAAGCUACUGAGACGUUGGAGCAAAACAUAGUUCUUUGGCUCAUCAGAUCCUGUCAAACCAUCCAAUUUUUACUUGAAUGGGAAACAGAUAUAAAAUAAUAAUGAGGAAGUAAAAAAAACCAACAUUGCAAAGCAAAGAUCUUGCAGGCAUUUCACAUACAUCUCAGUCAUGUUAAUACAUCGGUUGUCUAGGCCAGGGGUUUUCAAACUUUUUGACUUGCGGACCCCUUUAUAUUUCAGGCUUUACCUUAGGGACCCCCUUAUAAACGCUUAUGAAAUUUAUACAUAAAUAUUUGCUUAAAAUAA